AUGAGUCUCAACGUCGGCACCGCCCUCGUCCCCUCGGCCCUUCUGGUCGCUGGCGUCUACGCUGUCAAGCCCGAGUUUGCCGCAUAUGCCGCCGCCGCCGCUUCGGUCCUCACGACCGUUGCCUUCUUCACCGGCAGCAGCAAGCCUCGCAAGGUCCUGAACCCCACCGAAUUCCAGGACUUCGAGCUGAAGGAGAUCAACAACAUCUCCCACAAUGUUGCUAUCUACCGCUUCGCUCUGCCCCGUCCCACUGAUAUCCUCGGUCUGCCCAUCGGCCAGCACAUCUCGCUCGCGGCCACCAUCGACGGCCAGCCCAAGGAGGUCGUUCGCUCGUACACCCCCAUUUCCUCCGACAAUGAUGCCGGCUACUUCGAUCUGCUGGUCAAGGCCUACCCCCAGGGUAAUAUCUCCAAGUACCUGACCACCCUCAAGGUCGGCCAGACCAUGAAGGUCCGCGGUCCCAAGGGUGCCAUGGUCUACACCCCCAACAUGUGCCGCCACAUCGGUAUGAUUGCCGGUGGCACUGGUAUCACCCCCAUGCUCCAGAUAAUCGAGGCCAUCAUCCGCAACCGCCCCCGCAACGGCGGCAACGACACCACCAAGGUCGAUUUGAUCUUUGCCAACGUCAACCCUGAGGAUAUCUUGCUCCAGGAGAAACUGGAGAAUCUCGCCAAGGAGGACGAGGGAUUCAACGUCUACUACGUCCUGAACAACCCGCCCGAGAACUGGACUGGUGGUGUCGGCUUCGUCACCCCGGACAUGAUCAAGGAGCGCCUCCCCGCCCCCGCCGCGGAUGUCAAGAUCCUGCUUUGUGGUCCACCCCCCAUGGUCAGCGCCAUGAAGAAGGCUACCGAGUCUCUGGGCUAUACCAAGGCCCGCCCCUGUCAGCAAGCUUGA